GUAUUAUUUGUUACCAAUGAGGAAACUUCCUGUGUCCAGUCCUUACCACCCACGUUUUAAAUAUAUUCUCAAGAACUCCAAAUUUUCGUACAAUCCCAUUUCCACUACUACUAUUCUUCCUUCAUUUUCUUUAUUUAUUAAUUAAUUUAUUUAUUUAAUUAAGGAUGUUGAUUUAACUACUUUUCCCCCUUCACUAUCUAUAUUAGCAAUCAAUUUUUAUACACCUUCCAAGUUGAUUCUUUUUUUGUCUUAUUAAUUUUCUUGAAAGUUUUCUUAUUUUUCUGUGGUGUGUGUAUCUUUUCUUGUUUUAAAACAAAAAACCCUCAAUUUUUUCAGAAUUGAUGCCCUUAACUCGACUCAAACUGCUGUCUUUAUCCAUGUCUGUAAUAAGAAUCCCACUCACAGUCACCAGAAUGAUUUAAUUAAUCUUUCUCCAAAAAAAAGAAAAGAAAAAAGAAACUGGGGAUUAAUUAAAUAAUGAAGAGGGUUUUGGUGGUGUUGUUUAUUUGUUGUUUCGAUUUAUGCAGCAGUGCAGUUUCAGAGAGGGAAAGUGUGGUGAAUGUUGGUGCUUUGUUCACUUCAAAUUCAGCUAUUGGAAUGUCUGUGGGCCCAGCUAUUCUUUCCGCCAUUGAUGACGUCAAUAACGAUGCUUCAAUCCUCCUCAACACUAACAUUAAUCUCAUCUUGCUUGACACUAAUUGCAGUGGCUUUCUUGGCACUGUUGAAGCAAUGCAGCUAAUGGGGAACAAAGUAGUAGCUGCACUGGGCCCACAGUCGUCGGGAAUAGCGCACGUGAUCUCGCAUGUCUCGAACGAACUCCACAUCCCUCUUCUAUCAUUCGCAACGGACCCCACUCUCUCCUCUCUCCAGUACCCUUACUUCCUCCGUACAACCACCUCCGAUUAUUUCCAAAUGCAGGCGGUUGCGGAUCUCAUCCAAUAUUUCGGUUGGAAAGACUUAGUCUCCAUUUUCGUGGACGACGAUUACGGAAGAAACGGCGUUUCUGUGUUAGGCGACGCCUUGUCCAAGAAACGUGCCAAGAUCUCUUACAAGGCGGCAUUUACUCCGGAAGCUUCUAGAAGCGACAUCGACAACUUGUUGGUACGUGUCAACCUGUUGGAAUCUCGUGUUUAUGUUGUGCACGUGAAUCCAGAUUCGGGUCUCGAUAUCUUUUCGGCUGCAAAGAGGCUUGGUAUGAUGGGCAAAGGCUACGUUUGGAUUGCAACCGAUUGGCUUCCGACUCUUCUAGAUUCUUCCGGAACAAUCGAUCCCGAAAAGGCAGAUCUUCUCCAGGGUGUUAUUGCGCUCCGCCGGUACACUCCCGAAUCUGAGCUCAAAACAAGAUUUACUAAUCGCUGGAGAAAUAUGAAAAACAAACGGACCUUAAAGUUCAAUUCGUAUGCUCUGUACGCAUAUGAUUCCGUGUGGUUGCUUGCGCGGGCAAUCGAUGCUUUCUUGAAUCAAAAUGGGAAUAUAAUAAGUUUCUCCGAUGACCCAUUAUUGAAAGAUACCAAGGGUAGCGCCCUCAAUUUGACAUCUCUCAGAAUUUUCGAUCAAGGCCAAAAGUUGCUUGAGAUACUCACUGCAACAAACUUCACAGGACUAACUGGAGAGAUUCGGUUCGAUUCUGACAAGAACUUGAUUCAUCCGGCUUUUGAUAUUCUUAACAUUGUCGGAACAGGAUCCCGGACGCUAGGCUAUUGGUCAAAUUACUCUGUUCUAUCGACUGUUCCUCCAGAAAAAUUGUACUCAAAGCCAAUAAACGACACGUUUAACAGUAGUAGUAAUAAUCCUCAGCAGCAGCAGCAGCUCUAUAGUGUGGUAUGGCCCGGGGAAAAUACGGUGAAGCCUAGAGGAUGGGUGUUUCCGAAUAACGGGAGGCCUUUACAGAUUGCGGUGCCUUACAGAGUUACUUAUCCGGAUUUUGUGACGAAAGAUAAAGGGCCGUUGGGUGCAAAAGGAUAUUGCAUUGAUGUAUUCGAAGCUGCCGUUGAGUUGUUGCCUUAUCCUGUUCCUCACCGAUAUAUUUUGUACGGAGAUGGCAAAAGAAAUCCUUCUUUCGGUAAUCUUGUCAACGACGUCGCACAAAAUAAAUAUGAUGCGGCGGUGGGAGAUGUAACUAUAACGACGAACAGAACGAGGAUUGUGGACUUUACGCAGCCGUUUAUGGAAUCGGGCUUAGUUGUGGUCGCUGCUGUGAAGCAGAUCAAGUCCCAUCCGUGGUCGUUUCUUAUGCCGUUUACUUGGCAGAUGUGGGCUGUGACAGGUGUCUUCUUUCUAUUCGUCGGAAGUGUCGUUUGGAUUCUCGAGCAUAGAAUGAAUACCGAGUUCCGUGGGCCUCCGAGGAAACAACUGAUUACUGUCUUUUGGUUUAGUCUGUCAACAAUGUUUUUCGCACACAGAGAAAACACAGUGAGCACACUAGGACGGUUAGUGCUGUUACUGUGGCUGUUCGUAGUAUUGAUAAUAAACUCGAGCUACACAGCUAGUUUGACAUCAAUCCUCACAGUACAGCAGCUCUCCUCGAGAAUUCAAGGAAUCGACACUUUGAGAUCGAGUUCCGAUCCAAUAGGGAUACAGGACGGUUCUUUCGCUUAUAAUUAUCUGAUAAACGAGAUGAGCAUAGCCGAGUCCAGGCUUCGUGUGUUGAAAUCACAAGACGAAUAUGUCAGAGCCCUUCAGCUGGGCCCCGCCGCCGGUGGUGUUGCCGCCAUUGUCGACGAGCUUCCGUAUGUCGAGCUUUUCUUGUCCAACACAAAGUGCCAGUUUAGUACCGUCGGAAGGGUGUUCACUAAGAGUGGAUGGGGAUUUGCAUUUCAACGGGACUCGCCGUUAGCGGUAGAUUUAUCGACGGCAAUCCUUCAACUAUCGGAAAACGGAGAGCUGCAAAGGAUAAACGACAAAUGGCUUUCUCGGGAGGCGUGCACGGGCCAAACAAACCCCGUCGACGACAGCCGACUUUCAUUAAAGAGCUUUUGGGGACUAUUCCUCAUAUGCGGCAUUGUGUGCUUCAUAGCAUUGACCGUGUUCUUCUGUAGGAUUUGCUGGCAGUACAGCAGGUACCGUACACCAGACGAAGAAGUGAAGGAAGAAGAGCGCUGCCAGGUGGACGGCGUUGAGGAAUCUGGGCGACCCGCGGGUCGUCCUAGCAGGCUCUCCGGAAGGAUGCCGAGCUUUAAGAACUUGAUUGAUUUUGUAGAUAAGAAAGAAGCAGAGAUAAAGGAAAUACUUAUGAGGAAGGAAAUACCUAAGAGGCAUCAUGGAUCUUCUCAUUCUCAAGGGCAGACCAUUUAGAAUUCUUCUUCUCCACUUCUACCAAUGUACAUUGUCAAUACUAUAUACAUAAAUUCCUUACAAAUAGUCAUGUGUUGUACAACUAGGAAGAUGUUUUUUCAGACACAAUAAGAAAUAAAAUAAAGAUGUUUUCAAUAGUUUUAUUUUUCUUGAUCUUUUUUUUUUUUGGAACUUGUAAAACUCAUGUAUUUGUGCAAAUGUAGAAAUAUCAUGGACUAUGUGUUAGACAA